GGUAAAUUAUGUUCUAUAUAACCCGUAUAUGGUUGCCAUACUCUCAUCCAUCUUGCUUUGUUCCAUUACUUGCUUCUCUCUUGAUCAUGUCACUUGUAGGCAAAAUCAGCACUGAAAUUGGGGUUCACGCAACCGCUGAAAAGUGGUUCGACCUCUUCGCAAAGCAACUCCAUCAUGUUCAAAACCUUACUGAUAGGGUUCAUGGAACAGAGCUGCAUCAUGGUGAUGACUGGCAUCAUACGGAGUCCAUCAAACACUGGACUUAUACCAUAGAUGGUAAGGUUACAACAUGUAAGGAACGUGUUGAAUCCGUUGAUGAACAGAAUAAAACAAUUAACUACAAGCUCUAUGAGGGAGAUAUCGAUCAUAAGUAUAAGGACUUUAAGCUCAUCUUUCAAGCCAUUGAUAAGGAUCAUGGUGGUGCUAUUAUCAAAUGGACCGUUGAAUAUGAGAAGAUUGAUAAUGAAGUUGAUCCUCCAUAUGGCUACAUCGAGUAUGUGCACAAAUGCACUAAAGAUAUUGAUGCUCAUCUUCUCAAGGCAUAGAUAUCCAAGUCGAAAAUAAAAACUAAUAAAUAAUGGAGUAAUUUUAGAUAUAUAAUUAAAAAGUGUACAAUAACACGUACAAUAUUACUUUUAUGUCUAUUUUUCUCCAUCAUUAAUAAUAUCUAUCUCUAGAAUAAAUGAAAUGAUGGAAAAAAUAAAUAUAAAAGUAAAGUUGUAUAAAUUAUUGUAUAAUUUUUAUUAUAUAUAUAACAUUACUCGGAAUAAUGGGUGUGAUAAUUGACGAGAAGGAUACUUAUUAGCGUCCUUAGUUCGAAUGGAAUAAAUUUGGAUGUGGAUGUAAUUUUGGUGAUGUCUUGAAGUGUGCUUCAGUAAGCAUAAUGUAUAAUUGAAUAUUUAUGCUUCAAAUAAUGUAUAUUAAUGUAGCGUGCUUUAUAUUAUUUCGGUAUUGUUUUAAUGAAGUUUGAUUUGCCGUA